UAAAGUCAGAGGUGCUUAGUUUUCGAUAACCUUUACGCUGCGCCGAGGGUUUUAUAUGCAAGUAAUAUCGUGCCUACGUACUCGACUUAUUUGGCGCGCGUCAAGUGUUGGCGAUGUCACGAAGUCGUCCGUGGAAUAUGAAACGAAUUGCUAAGUGUUAAAGUCGUAUUUAGAUUUUUUUUCCUAUACAGACAAGAUGUGUGACCGCAAAGCGGUGAUAAAAAAUGCUGACAUGAGCGAGGAGAUGCAGCAGGAUGCUGUGGACUGCGCGACGCAGGCACUCGAAAAGUUCAACAUUGAGAAGGAUAUAGCUGCCUUCAUCAAGAAGGAAUUUGACAAGAAGUACAACCCAACAUGGCAUUGCAUCGUUGGAAGGAACUUUGGCUCGUAUGUGACGCACGAGACGCGUCAUUUCAUCUACUUCUAUCUGGGCCAAGUUGCGAUACUCCUCUUCAAGAGCGGUUAGGCCGCCUCCCCGUUCCGUCUAAAUUUUAUGUUGUUAGUGGCAGACUCGGACCGUGGCUUCAUCCUGACCGCUCACCCGCAGUGCUGGGAACGGUUGGGAGGCCUGUGUGUGUGAUUGCUCAUCUCUGACGCACCUCACUCGUACGUUUGUACCGUUAGCUACUCUUAAGAAGUUCACUCGGGUAACAUUCACUUCUAGUGUAUUUAUGUAUUUAUAUUUGAGGGAAAUUUUAGUUAAUUACUAGACUGUACCUAGCAUAGCAUAAAGUCAUAUGUUAGUACUUACCUAAAUUUAUUGUUUAAUUUUUCUUUGUUACUUCUUCACUGGAGAUAUUUUCGAAACUUCUAUUAUUAUUAAACUUUCUUAAUAACUGGUUGUUUUCAUUUGUUUAUGAUUAUAUCGAGUUGUAUUGAAAGUAGACUUAAGCUGUCUCCAUCUGAACUGUUAAUUGUCUAUAAUCGUAUAAAUAACCCAAUGUGAUUUGGAAAAAUAUGUAAAAAUUAUACUACAAUAUAAUAUGUAGUUAUGUGAAUACCUUAAUUAUUUGCAUUUAUUAAAAACUAUUUAGUUUU